AUGAACAGAGCGGCACGUCCAAAGAAGAGUUCCUCGUGGAACUACUUCGAACUGACAUGUGCCAAAGAAGUCAGAUGCAAGCUCUGCGAAAAGACGUUGGUCUACCACGGCUCAACGUCAUCAAUGCGUUCGCAUUUGAGUGCGAAGCAUGCCAAAGAAGUGCCUACAGACACAGACGCAGCACAGCCGGCCAUUACCAACUUCAUUUCAAGGCCACGUCGUUGUGAUAACAGGCGUGCAGGUGACAUAACUGCACUUAUCACCAAUAUGAUAGUGAAGGACAUGCUGCCAAUAAGUUUCGUGGAAGGAGGCGGUUUCCUUGAGCUUAUGGCAAGCGUGGAACCAGAUUACAGGGUCCCGGGCCGUACUACAAUGACCAAACGAAUUGAAAAGCUGUACAAAGAUAAGGCAGAAGAUCUGCGCAGAAGCUUAUCAACUGUCUCAAAGGUGUCGAUAACCACCGACGGGUGGACGGCACUCACAACUGAAUCUUAUGUUACCAUAACCUGCCAUUAUAUCGAUAGUGAAUGGGAGAUGAAGAGUGCGGUUCUACAGACCCGUGCAACGCCCGAACGGCACACGGCAGAGAAUUUAGCUGAGGGGCUCCGCAGUGCUACCGAGUCCUGGGGGAUACUGGAGAAAGUGACUGCGUGUGUGCAUGACAACGCGAGCAAUGUUACUCUCGCCAACAAUGAGUACUUGGAUUGGGAUUCAAGUCCAUGUUAUGCCCAUACACUCCAACUUGCAAUAAAUGAUGGAUUCAAGCUGAAGCCCAUACAUCAUAUUGUCGCCGGUGCCAGUCGACUUGUGUCACAUUUCCACCACAGCACAGUAGCAACACAGGCGCUUUGUCAGAAACAGGUUGAUCAAACACUGCCAGAUCACCGCCUGAUACAGUACUGUCGUACGAGGUGGAAUUCCAUCUACGACAUGUUUGAUCGCCUGCUGGAGCAGCGCUGGGCUGUUGCUGCGGUUCUUUCGGACCGAAGUGUCACAACUCUGUCAGACGCUAGGACCCUUGACCUGGCCGAUGACAGCUGGAUCGUGAUGGAAGAGAUGCUGCCAGUGUUGCGCUCCCUGAAAUGCGCUACUACUGCCCUGUGUGGAGAGUCAGGGGUUUCCAGCUCUAUGAUUUAUCCUGUCACAGCAACUUUGCUGACCAAACACCUGCCUGUUGCUCCAGAAGAGUCUAAAAAGGUUGCGGAGUACAAGCAAACCGUGUCUGUGUCACUGAAACGGCGACUGAAACCCGACGAAGUGGAGAGUGCCAAGAAAGUUCCGUUCAUCGCAUCGUUUCUUGACCCGCGGCAUAAACAUCUAAAGUUUGCUAACGAUGCGCUCAGGGAUGCUGUCAAGGCCAGAGUCAAGGAGCUGCUUUCAGCCUUAGCUGUGGGAGCAGACGCCAAACCAGAGAUCACCGAGGAGGACUCCUCUGAGUCUGAAUCAGCGGGGGGGUCUGCAGCGGGGGGGUCUGCAGCGGCCAAGAGACCACGAUACGACAACAAGUCUGCAAUGCUAACAUUGUUUGGCGAAGAAUACCACGCGGAGACACCUGUAACGCCUGAAAUGGAAUUAAGCCACUACUGUGAUGAAAAGUGCAUCGCUCCCCAUUUGGAUCCCCUCGAUUGGUGGAGAGUAAAUGAGACGAAGUACGAAAGCCUCAAGACCACAUUAAAUUUCACAGCCUCCACCUCAUGGCGCCAGCAGUAUGAUAACUGUCAGUUUUAUUUCAAGAUGCUGACCAUAGGGACCAUGGUGGGAGCAAGGAAGGGUGUGGAGGAGGAGAUGGGGGCGCUUGAUUUAUUAGACGGCAGUCACAGUGGGGAUCCAAUCAACAUUACAUCGAAUGCCAACACCAAGUCGGCGUGA